AUGAAGAUUCCUAGGAAACAUUUCCCUCUCCCACCCAAUUUGGUUCCCAUUCAAGGAGAUCAGCCAUGUCUACAACAGACAGACUGGAAAAUUCCUGCUAUUUCAGAAGAUGAUGCCAAAGAAGCUUUUGUUCAGUAUGCUUCAAGCAAGUGCUGCUACAGCAAAGCCCCAGCCAUAGAGAUGUCUCUUCAGGAUCUGCAGACAUUCAAUACCUACAGAUAUCGCUUGGAAACCUUCACUGAAUCAAGGUCCGCAGUCUGGAAAGCAGAGCCGUACAAUGGUGGAGUGGUAGAUUCCUUUUUGCAUGGUGUGGCUCCUUUACCUUGGGAUGUCGUGACAUCAGUUCCACCGAUGUUCAAAGACUACACUAUAAAAUUGAAAGUGCCUCACACAUCAGCAGUCAAGGCAUGUCCAACAUGUGGAACCUGUGGUAGAUGCCCUUGCCAAAAAUGCAAAGGCGGCAGUAAGCAACAGUGCUGGGCAUGUAAUGGAAAAGGAUACCGGAUCAAUGAUGAAACAUGCAGCAGGUGUACGGGAACUGGAACUGACAUGUGCAAAGAUUGUUCUGGUAUGGGGACCAAAGAAUGCCCUGACUGUAAAGGAAGAGGACAGCUCCUGGUGUUCAUUGAGUUGAUAAUUGAAUGGCAAAAUAACAUUUCUAAACAUGUAUCAGAUCCAAACAUUGGAUUUCCAACUAAACUCUUUGAUGAAGUAAAUGGAGUGAAGUUAUUUGAAGAUGAGCAACUGAUGGUAACUCCAGUGUUGGGUUUUCCUGACCAUGCCAUCAUGAAAGCCUCCCGGGAUGCAGUUGAAGGGCAUAGAUUCCAGUUUGGAUCCACAAGGCGGAUACUGAGACAGAGGCAAACAAUUGAGCUGAUACUUCUCUCCAAAGUGGAAUAUGAGUGGCAUGGACAUUCCCAUUCCUACUAUGUUUAUGGGAAUGAACGCAAGGUUUAUGCAAAAGAUUAUCCUAAAACAUGUUGCUGUACUAUUAUAUGAUUUCCAGGAUAUUUCUAAGCACAAUGGAGCAAAUAUGGUUCAUUAUUCUGUAUUACUUCCUAUCUCUGUUUUGUAAACUUGGUUUUGAAAUAAAUUCAUUAGCAUGAAUUAUUAGAAUGGUGAGAAAACACUAGAGAAAAUGAGAUUUGGAAAUGACAUAGAAUAUUAUGCAGCUUGCUAAAAAAAGAUGAUGAUACUCCACUAUUAUGAAGUGGAAAUGUCCUCUGGUGUGUUGUUCAACUUUCUUAGAAACAAACUCAGUUUGCUCUUUUUCAGCUUUUUUAAAGCAAGCUUUAAUGUGUGAAACAUUAGUACAGUUUAUAAUAAUAGUUUGUUUGUGGUGACAUAAAAGUUUAGGUUCUAUAUAAUGAUGUGCUUGGCUAGUACUAUCUUGGAAUGACAUCUGUAAUGUAAUCUGAACUGUUUUCUUGCUUCCGUUGUCAUGAUGAAAAAUGGAAUAGUUUCCAGAUUCUAAUGGCUGUAGUUUGUAAUUUUAUUGGCCUAAAAAUAGGACGCAGUGAAGUGAACAACUAAUAUUAUCUACUAGUCUACAAAUCCUGGGCACAAGGGUAUAUGAGUUUGUACAGUGAAGCAUUCAGGGUGUUCAUUCUCUUUCACAGUUUUUUUUUUUGUCGUGUCAGGAGCAACUUGAGAAACUGCAAGCUGCUUCUGGUGUGAGAGAAUUGGCCGUCUGCAAGGAUGUUGCCCAGGGGACGCCCGGAUGAUUUGAUGUUUUUAUCAUCCUUCUGGGAGGCUUCUCUCAUGUCCCCGCAUGAGGCGCUGCAGUUUCACAGUAGUGCAAGUGGACAUAUGCCAGUGAAACAAAAUGGUUGUGAGAAGAUGAUGGCUUCUGCAUCUAUAAACAACACUAAAUUGAAGUAGGAAAA